GUACGCAGUGAAAGGAGACGUCUACAUGUGGACGAACGUUUGGAUUAGAAAAUUGUAAGGAAAUCGAAUAAAUACGGUCGAUUUGUGCAUUGUGCAAGCAAAUUUUCACUUGAUUCAAUUUCGAGUGAAAGAGCCACGAUGAAGCCGUAUCCAAGUAAAGGUACUUGGCAUGGCAACACCAAGCGUAAACUUGGACGUCAAUCAACGAACACAGCUGUCGAAAUCAAGCAAGAAGUUGAAGUGAAAGAGGAACCAAGAGACAGCGCCCAAAUGGUUGAUGUCACACGGCCACCACGAUGGCCACCAUCAGCAGCAGCAGGAAAUGAUGCGAUAGAAUCGAAUGGCGAAACCGACAGAGAGAUGUAUUUCGAAUACGACGAUGAUCAUGUGAAGAAUGAGGUCAAAAGUGAAGACGAAUGUUCGAAGAAGGAAUGCGAUUCGGCACAAGAUUCAUGCUCUAAUGGCAACGAUGAUAUGGGCGAUGCACCAGUAGAUAAUGCUGUGCGCAACUCAACACCAAGUUCAAGUGGCAAAGGCGGGCGGCAACACAAGCGCACACCCAAAUCAAAGAAGCCAAUGGAUCGAAAGAAGGAAACCAACGCCAGGGCUUCGAAGAAAGCAGCCAUAAAGCAGCAGAAGAAGCACGUGUGUCGUUUAUGUAAUUACGCUACAUUUCGCAAGCCAAAUCUCACAGUCCACAUUCGAGUUCACACCGGCGAGAGGCCAUUCGUGUGCAAAGUGUGUGAAAAAUCUUUUACACGGAAAAAUAAUUUACGUCGCCAUGAAACAACCCACUAUUCUCAAUUUGAAUUUAGUUGUUCGAAGUGUCGUCAACGAUUUGCUGAACAAAUUGAUAAAACCAACCACGAGGCCAAGUGUCAGCGACGUCCGUACGAAUGCUACGCGUGCAAGUAUACCAAAUUUGAUUUGACACACAUGAAGGUUCACAUGCGCACCCACAGUGGACGAAAGCCAUUUGAAUGUGCUGUUUGCGGUAAAAAGUUUUGUCAGAAGUCCAAUUUGAAACACCAUUUGUCCACACAUGCAAAACCACGUCCAGUACGUUGUUCCAAAUGCUGGAAACGGUUCGCAGAAGAAGACAAGAAGAAUGUACACGAAGGACGAUGCAAUCGCCGUUUUCAUCAAUGUCACUUGUGCAAAGUCAACGCAAUUCAUUUUUCGAAUUUGAAAUACCAUAUGCGAGCCCAACACACUGGAGAAAAAACAUUUCCAUGCGAAUUCUGUGAAGCUCGUUUUAUCCAAAAAAUCGACGCUGAUGUUCACAUGAAGCGCCACCACGGCGUUUAGAAUUAAGUUCAUGGUAGCCAUUCCAUGAACAAUUCAAUUCACGAACACUUAAAACUAAAAUGAACGCAUUUUUCAAAUCCAAAAACCGAUGAAAAGAAUCCCAUUUUCUUCAAAAUUGUUACGAAACUUGAACUGUAACCCAAUCAUUAAAUAAAUAAAACAUUCGAUUCUCUCGAUUAAAGUUGUAUAGUUUAUAAUUAUUUAUUUACAGCCAAAUAUUGCAAAUGAAGUUAACAAAUAACGCUUUAUCUCUCGAACUAUUUCCACUUUCAUCCAUGUUCUCAAUUCUCGAUCCAAUAAGUUGAAGUAAUGAAAACACGAAUUUUGAAUUAUGCAAAUAAAAACGAUAAAAACGAAGUAAAGGCUACCGCAAAAAAUAUGUUUAUCCGCGUUAAUAAGAAUUGUCUCGUCAAUCUCAACAGUUUUGAAAUCAUGUCAAAUCUAUAUUUGGUAAAAUGGAUCAUUUAUUUUAAGAUUUGUUGAAUACGGUUGAAUAUUCAUGUCUUUUUUUUUAUAGAACUCCAACUUUAUAUACUAUAUUUGGAGUUAUAGGGUAAAAUUGUUGCUAACACAAUUGUUGUGAAUUAAAUUACAAAAAAUUUGGCUGAAAAUUGUAAAAUGUAUGACAUACAUUGUAUGUUAUAUUACUUCUUACGGGAAAUGAAGUGAAUGAAAUGCACUUCCAUUGAAAGAGUCGUGGAAUAUGCGGGCGCAAAAUGAGGUCACAAAACGUUUGUCGCGACUCGCGAACAUAG